CAGGUGGCGGCUCGGGGCUCGGUCGGGCUGGGAGAUGGGGAAAGUGAGGCACAGAGCUGGACAGUGAUGCAUAACCAGGUGAACGUGGCUUAGGGCUAACCAGCUGGGCCCUAUCCCAGGAAGUUCCUCUGCCUAUAGGAGCCAUCCAGGGUGUGGCUGAGUUCUGAGGGCCUGCUCGGCUGUUCAGGGCGUGUUCUCUUUCCACACACUGCUGUGUGACCUGACACUGGGUGGGACCUGCAGGGGCCUCCACAUUGCCAGCUGCCACCAGGAUGUCAUAUUUCGGGGAGCAUUUUUGGGGUGAGAAAAACCAUGGCUUUGAGGUCCUGUACCACAGUGUGAAGCAGGGCCCUAUCUCCACCAAAGAGCUAGCUGACUUCAUCCGGGAGAGGGCCACCGUGGAGGAGGCUUACUCCAAGGCCAUGGCGAAACUCUCCAAACUGGCCAGCAAUGGGACCCCCAUGGGGACUUUCGCCCCACUCUGGGAGGUCUUCAGAGUCUCCUCUGACAAGCUGGCGCUGUGCCACCUGGAGCUGACGCGGAAACUGCAGGACCUCAUCAAGGAUGUACUCCGGUAUGGCGAGGAGCAGCUCAAAUCCCACAAGAAGUGCAAGGAGGAAGUGCUGGGCACCCUGGACGCCGUGCACGUGCUGGCGGGGGUCAGCCAGCUCCUGCCCAAGUGUCGCGAGAACUACCUGAGCCGCUGCAUGGACCAGGAGCGCCUGCGCCGUGAGAGCACCAGUCAGAAGGAGAUGGACAAGGCAGAAGCCAAAACCAAGAAGGCGGCCGAAGGCCUGCGGCGCUCUGUGGAGAAGUACAACUCGGCCCGGACAGACUUUGAGCACAAGAUGUUGGACUCCGCCGUGCGCUUCCAAGCCUUGGAGGAGACGCACCUACGGCACAUGAAGGCGCUAUUGGGCUCCUACGCACACUCGGUGGAGGACACGCAUGUGCAGAUUGGGCAGGUGCAUGAGGAGUUCAAGCAGAACAUCGAGAACAUCAGCGUGGAGAUUCUGCUCCGGACAUUUGCGGAGAGCAAGGGCACUGGCCGGGAGAAGCCAGGGCCUCUGGACUUCGAGGCGUAUAGUGCAGCUGCCCUGCAGGAAGCAAUGAAGCGUCUGCGGGGAGCCAAGGCUUUCCGCCUCCCUGGACUCAGCCGGCGGGAGCGGGAGCUGCCUGCGGCUGUAGACUUCCUGGAGCCGGACUCAGGGAUGUGUCCAGAGGUUGAUGAAGAGGGGUUCACUGUCCGGCCUGAUGUGACCCAGACCAGCACGGCCGAGCCUUCUCGCUUCUCGUCCAGCGACUCAGACUUUGAUGAUGAGGAGCCCCGCAAGUUCUACGUGCACAUCAAGCCCGCCCCCGCCAGGGCCCCUACCUGCAGCUCUGAGGCCUCCGUGGCACAGCUCAGGGCCACAGCCGGCAGCCUCAUCCUUCCUCCCGGCCCUGGGGGCACCAUGAAGCGCCACUCUUCGCGGGAUGCUGCUGGCAAACCCCAGAGGCCCCGGUCGGCCCCCAGGACCAGCAGCUGUACAGAGAAGCUGCCUUCCUCAUCUGAUGAGCAGGUAUCCAAGAGCCUCUUUGGGCCACCUCUGGAGUCAGCCUUGGACCACGAAGAUUUCACUGGCUCCAGCAGCCUUGGCUUCACUUCCAGCCCCUCCCCAUUCUCCUCCUCCUCCCCCGAGAACGUGGAGGACUCCGGCCUGGACUCUCCCUCGCAUGCUGCACCUGGCCCCUCCCCAGAGUCCUGGGUCCCCCGCCCGGGCACCCCGCAGAGCCCGUCCAGCUGCAGGGCACAGCCCCCAGAAUCCAGGGGGACCUGGAACCUGCCCCGGCCGGACUCCCCACAGCCCCUCGUGCCAUCGCCGGGCGCCUGGGGGCUGGAGGCUGCAGGAGAGAUGACCCCCAAUGACUCUGUGGCCAUGACCCGGAGAGCCCGCACACGGAAGGUGGCCUGUCCCAUGGCCCGCAGCCAAGGAGACCUGGCCCGGUCUCUGAGCCCCUCCCCAGCCCCUCUGGGCUCCAACGUCACUGCAGAGCGGCCCAGCUUUGCCUUCCAGACAGGACAUGGCGUCUCCCGGGGCCCCAGCCCUGUGGUGCUGGGCUCCCAGGACACCCUGCCAGUGGCCACCGCCUUCACCGAGUAUGUCCACGCCUACUUCUGCGGCCACAGCCCCAGCUGCCUGGCUCGCGUGACCGGGGAGCUGACCAUGACCUUCCCCGCGGGCAUCGUGCGUGUGUUCAGCGGAACGCCGCCGCCGCCCGUGCUCAGCUUCCGGCUGGUGCACACGGCGCCCGUGGAGCAGUUCCAGCCCAACGCAGACCUGCUCUUCAGUGACCCUUCCCAGAGCGACCCGGAGACCAAAGACUUCUGGCUCAACAUGGCGGCGCUUACCGAGGCUCUGCAGCGCCAGGCCGAGCAGAACCCGGCCGCCUCCUACUACAACGUGGUGCUGCUACGCUACCAGUUCUCCCGCCCCGGCCCGCAGUCGGUGCCCCUGCAGCUCAGCGCACGUUGGCAGUGCGGGCCGGGCCUCACGCAGGUGCAGGUGGAUUAUGGCUACCGAGCAGGAGCCACGGCAGUGGCCACGCCACUCACCAAUGUCCAGAUCCUGCUGCCCGUGGCUGAGCCGGUGACCAACGUGCGCCUGCAGCCAGCCGCCACCUGGAGCCUGGAGGAGAAGCGGUUCGCCUGGAAGCUCCCCGAUGUGUCAGAGGCAGGGGGCUCUGGCCGUCUCUCUGCCAGCUGGGAACCCCUCUCCGGGCCCAGCGCCCCCAGUCCUGUGGCCGCACAGUUCACCAGCGAGGGGGCCACACUGUCGGGCGUGGACGUGCAGCUGGUAGGCAGCGGCUACCGCAUGUCGCUGGUGAAGAGAAGGUUCGCUACAGGCAUGUACCUGGUGAACUGCUGACUCCCAUCUGGCCCUGCUGGUCCUGGUGCUCACCUGCCAUCCCCUCCUUCCCGAUGUGGGGUCCUGGCCCCUGCCAAGCCCUGCCCUUCGUGAAGAGGAGCCCCUGGUGCCCAGCCUGGCUGAGCUGACCCCCACAUGGGUCCUGGCCUUUUAAUGU